AUGGCUUCCCAGAAGAACGUUCAGUACUAUGAGUUGUACCGUCGCAGCAGCAUCGGAAUGCAGCUCACGGAUGCUCUCGACGAGCUCAUCCAGUCGGGCCACAUCAACCCCGUUCUGGCCAUGAAGGUGCUCACGCAGUUUGAUCGGUCCAUCGCCGAGACACUGUCCAAGAACGUCAAGGCCAAGUCGAACCUCAAGGGACACCUGCGUAUCUAUCGCCAGUGCGACGAGGUAUGGACCUUCAUCAUCCACAAUGCGCAGAUGAAGCUCGACAAUGGCGAUGUGGUCAACGUCGACAAGGGCAGAAUUGUGGCCUGCAAGAUGGCCGAUUCAAGCGCAGCUGCCAAUGGCGGAAAGUAG